AUGGGACGGUCAGGCGUACGACACCAUCAUCAUAACGAUGGAGGGUUCGAAUUCCAUAGAGGUAGGGGGUGCUUUAGACGACAUGGGCCACCAUUUCCGGGACCAUUUGGACCUGAUAGAUUCUUUGGACCUUACCGACCCCACGGUCAAUUUGGACCUCAAAUACCAUUUGGACCGCAUGGACCAUUUGAAAGCCAUGGAUCAUUCGGACCCCAUGGCCCGUUGCAAAACCAUAGACCAUUUGGACUCCACGGGCCAUUUGAUAGCCAUAUACAAUUUGGACCUCACGCCGCAUUUGAAACAGACUAUAGACAGGAUUUCAAUAUGCUAAAUCAUUGCUGUCGAAGACACACCGACAUUGAAAGGCCCUGUGAAAGAAGACCGAAUAGAUCUAGGAGUAGGUCAGCAGAGAGGUCAAAGGAACGUUUAAGAGGAAGAUCUAGGGGAAGGUCUAGAGAAAGAUCUCGAGGUCGAUCUAGGGGGAGAUCACGUGGAACCUCACGAGACGGAUUUCGAUGUCAUUCGCAAGAUAGGCCUUCUAGAAAAUGCCAUUGCAACAACCAGUCUGGAUCAUAA